AUGUUGGAGCUCAAUUCGCUGUCGGAGGACGCUGGAGGAAGCCUGCCGGUGGUGCAUCUCCCGCCUGCAACACACGAUGAGGUUCCCACGGCUGGCUUGCCAGAUGUGGAUGACGAGGUGCAGGGACCACUGUCAUUUCGUGAGCAUCUUUGGGAUCGAUUCGAGCUCUUGUGGGCCCGGCGUGUGGCCCCGAGCCGAAAGAUGUUGGAGGGCUUCGUGGCCUGCAUGCGCGAGCGUGCCCAACUCGAGCGACAGUAUGCCAGGGGCCUCAUGCAAAGCGUUGCGAAGUUGCAGCAGACGACCUCCGAAGGAGCCGUUCCGCUGCCUCUGGAGGCCGUGGUAAGCAACCUCCGCCACAGAGCGGAGCAAUGUGCAGAGCUCGCGGAGGAGUUGGACCAGGGCAUGUUGUCGAUGACCCACUACUUCCAAGGUGUCGUCCUAUGGCUUCUGCUUUACCUUGCGUCAACGCACGCAGAUCAGCUCGACAGCGAUGUCGACGCAGAUUUCGAGCAAUUGAAUGCGCUCAUGAAAGAAUCCUGGUCGCCAGGCCAUGUACCGGAGGAGUUUACCACGCGGGUCCCUGUCAAAGACCUUGCCUGCACCAGUGAGGCCAUGGCCCUGCAACAUCUUCCCGGUCUUACUUGGGCAGACGUGAAGGACCUAUUCAACUCACGUCCGCCGCAAAUAUCUGAUAAGUCGGCCUUGAUGGCCGUUGCCUCCGAGAUCCAGAGAAAGGAGCCGGAUGUUUGCGUUCUGGGCAUCAUUUGCACAUCUGCAUACAUGACGCCAGUCUACUACCCAAAGUUUCGAAAUCUGGCCCGCGUCCUCGGAAGUGACGUGAACCUGCUGAUGGUGAAUGUCUCUUUCUACGAGACCUUGCGAACUGGGUUCCCCAUCUUCGGCCUUUUCGAUGACAUGUCGACGCCGGAGUUCCGCGAGUGGUUCCACACCACCGAGUGUGAGGCGAUUCUGGGACCGUUUUCAGACCGCCCAUCCUGCUCGGCAGCUGCUGCACAAAGCCUGCAGCAGCGCCUGGAGGCAGAAAGGAAGAAUAGUGGACACCAUUUCGGCGUCGGUCGCCGACUCUUGUUGCUUGCUCUGGAGAUCUUCGACACGGAGGCAGGCGACUGCCGACCGGCGCAAGCGGCGGCUUUGCUGGUCUUGGCCCUUUCUCGUCUCGAGGCUUUGAUCGAAGGUGCGGAUGAUCGAACGGAGCGCGAAGACUCCAGCGUCAAUCGCGAUAUGGUCGAGCUGGUCACCCUUGCUGAGGAGCUCAUGAAAAGCUACAGCUGGGAAGAAGGAAUCCCCUUCGGCCGGCUCGUCGCAAGCUCAUGGUACCACUGGUGGCUGCUGAAAAACCUCCAAGAGGCCAUGGAACGGACCUUUCCCAUCAUCGGCUAG